CGCUUAUUUACCCCAUAUUGUGUAGUUCCGUCCAUUCGUUCAUCACUCAAGUCGAUCAUCGACGUCACCGUAUCUUCUAUCCUAUCUUACCCGUCCAUCGACGUAUCACAACAACACGCGCAAGAGCGGCAGUAAUACGCCUCUCUUUCCAACAUACCCACCGAGUCGAUAAUCCAGUACUCCCAAAAAGGAACCAGUGACAAGACACCACCACCAUCACCAUGCAGCAAGUCGUACAAGGAGCCCUCUCUUUUCUCGGCCUCAACGGCCAGAGCAGCAACACCACCAGUCACCUCUUCGACACACGAGGUCUGGAGACAAUAUCCAGGCCACUGUCCAUACCAACACAAAACGGCGUUUCCUUACUAGACGCAUCUCUCCUAGCAUGGCUGUUGCUUCUCCAGAGAGAGCGAGGAGAAGAUGAUCGGGUAGAAAACUUCAACUGGGGACGGAGAACAGCUGAUGGGGCGGAAACGUCGUCACAGUUCUCUGUCAAGGCAGUGUUGGGUUCUGAAGGGCUUGAUCAAACGGUGACUGUGAAGAAUGUACUUGAGGCGCUGAAGAAGGUCACCGGGCAAGAGGUGACAGAGGAGAACAGGACCUUGUUCUUCAAUGAUGGAAAGGAGGCGCCCGAGAAGAUCAAGGAAGAGGGAUAUGAGACUGCUCAGCGGCUGAACUGGAAAUUCCAACUCGAGCUCUUUCCCUCAGAAGACGCCGAGCAACAUGACCUCGCUCUCCAAGUCUACUGGUUCAAGAACGUUCUCGACGCUCUCACCACUUCCCAAGUCACCAUCCGCCUGAACGCCUUCACCGAGCUUCUCAACCUCAUCCUCUCCUCUCCCGAGACAACCUCCAUCUCCUCCCUCCUCGCCCCUCUCCCCUGCGAUCUUAAUCAGAUCUGGGCCUUCAACGCCGUCGUGCCCCCCUUGAUCGAUCGCACUAUGCAGGACAUCAUCUCCGAGCAAGCCGCCGCCAACCCCUCCAAGCCGGCCGUCUCCUCCUGGGACGGCGAGUUCACCUACGCCGAGGUGGAGUCCAAGUCCGACCUUUUGGCUCGCCACCUGGUCUCCCGCGGCGUUAAGCUCGGCGGCGUGGCCCCGCUCAUGUUUGAGAAAUCCCGCUGGACUAUCGUCGCCUUGCUGGCCGUAAUGAAAGCCGGCUCCGCAUUUGCUCUCACCGAUCCCACCUCGCAGCCUGAAGGCCGUUUGCGCGUGAUGGUCGAGCAGACCGGUGGCGACAUCAUCGUCGCUUCUGCUUCCCAGACUGAACUUGCAGAGGUCUGUCUCCCCUCUCCUUCUGGAGGAAGCAAAGGACAGGUCAUCACCGUCUCUGAUGAGCUAUUUACCAUCCUCUCUCAAACCCCCGAGCUUACCACGGUGACACUGCCCGUGAUCCCCACAGAAACAAGUCCCCUCUACAUCCAAUUCACCUCCGGCUCCACCGGCAAACCAAAAGGCGUCGUCAUCUCCCACGCCAACUACACCUCCGGCGCCCUGCCUCGCGCCGAAGCAGUCGGUUACAAGUCUUCUUCCCGCUGCUUCGAGUUCGCUUCCUACGCUUUUGACGUUUCCAUCGAUUGCAUGCUCUGCACCCUCGCUGUCGGCGGAACCAUCUGCAUUCCGUCUGACGCUGAUCGCAUGAACGAUCUCGGGGGCGCCAUUCUCAAGAGCGGAGCAAACAUGGCGCACAUGACUCCUUCCGUUGCUCGAGUGCUUGAUCCAGAAGUUAUCAAGGGUCUUGAUGUCCUUGGCUUGGGCGGUGAAGCAGUCUCUGCUGCUGAUGCAGCUGCUUGGUCGCGCGGCAAGACAUCGGUGAUUGUUGCGUAUGGACCGAGUGAAUGCACUGUUGGAUGUACCGUCAACAAUGUCUUUGCGAGAGACGAGGAGGCCAAGAAGAAGAAGGGGUUCACUACCGGAAACAUUGGCACCGGCGUUGGUGGAUGCGGAUGGGUCGUUGAUCCCAAUGAUCAUGACCGUCUCGUGCCCGUGGGAGCAGUGGGUGAACUGCUCAUGGAGGGCCCCGUCGUGGGACUUGGGUACCUCGGUGAAGAGGAAAAGACCAAGGAGGUGUUCAUCCAAGACCCCAAGUGGCUCAUUGCUGGGCAUGGCGAUGCUCACCCGGGCAGAAAGGGAAGGCUGUACAAGACUGGUGAUUUGGUCCGGUACGAUGCCGAUGGUUCGGGGGCUUUUGUCUUUGUUGGACGCAAAGAUGCACAGGUCAAGCUGAGAGGCCAGAGAGUGGAGUUGGUUGAGAUUGAACACCAUCUGCGUGCCAAGUUGCCAAGUGGUGUGAAGAUUGCUGCUGAGGUCAUCAAGCCUAGUGGUGGUGAUCCCACGCUGGUUGCUUUCCUGGCGGAGACGAGCUCAACGGGUAUCUCGGCCAAAGACGCCUUGCAGAGUGUUGUUGAGGGUGAGGUUAGCUUCUCUCCUGAGCUGCAGGCUGCGCUGGAUGGGAUUGAGGAGGUGCUGGGCAUUGAUCUGCCUAGGUACAUGGUUCCUAAUGCGUAUAUCCCCCUUCGUGAGAUGCCCUCGCUUGUGUCGGGCAAGAUUGAUCGCAAGACGCUGAGGGCUAUGGGAGCUGCGAUGACCAGGGAGCAAGUCUCUGGUAGUGCGAAGAGGGCCAAACAGGGUGGCGAUGGCGGUGCUCCUACUACCGAGAUGGAGAUUGCUCUUCACAAGGUCUGGAAGCAGUUGCUCGGUACCGAGCAGGAGAUUGCCGCUGGCGAUAGCUUCUUUACUGUUGGCGGUGACUCUCUCAGGGCCAUGAGACUCAUUGCUGCUGCCAGAGCGGAGGGCGUCAAGCUCACUGUUGCUGAUGUCUUCCGGUAUCCCGUCCUCAGAGACAUGGCUGUCGUCGCCACCAAGGUUGACACACAAGACGCGGAUGGCAAGGAUAGCAAUGAGGUUGCUCCCUUCUCUCUGCUUGAAAGCGACUGGGCUAUCGAAGACGUCAAGGCCGAGGCCAACAAGCACUGCGAUAUCGAUAAGGACGCCGUCGAGGACGUCUACCCCUGUACUCCCCUCCAAGAAGCGCUCAUGGCUUUGUCCGCCAAGGUCAAGGAAGCCUACGUUGCCCAGCGUGUGCUCAAAAUGGAAGGCCAAGCCGCCGCCGACAAGCUCAAGGCCGCCUUUGAAGCCAUCAACGCCGACUGCGCCAUCCUCCGCACCCGCAUCAUCCACUCCCCGCGCGGCCUGAUGCAAGUCGUCGUCAAGGAGCCUCUGCACUGGCACUCCGCCCCUACCCUCGCCGAGUACCUCGAGACCGACCGCAACGAAGAAAUGGACCUCGGCAAGCCUCUCGUGCGCUACGGCCUCAUCCAGGACGGCGACGCCUACCACUUUGUCCUGACCAUGCACCACGCUUUGUAUGAUGGCUGGUCCAUGCCCCUCGUCGUCGACCGCGUCAACCAGGCCUACCAGGGUCUCAUCCCGCGUAAGCCCGCCGCGGAAUUUAAGCACUUCAUCAACUACCUCAACAACACCCUCGACCGCGCCGCCUGCGACGCCUACUGGAAGGAUCAACUCGCCGGUGCCACCGGUUCGCAAUUCCCCGCCUUGCCAUUUGAGGGGUACCAAACCCGCGCCGACUCCCUCUGGGAGCUCUACGUCUCUCUCGACGGGCGCAAACCCCCUUCUUCGCCCAACACCACCAUCACCCUCGCCACCAUCGUGCGCGCUGCCUGGGCCCUGGUAGCCAGCCAAUACACAGCCGGCAACAACGACAUUGUCUUCGGCGAGACGCUCACGGGGCGUAACGCCCCCAUCGUCGGCGCAGAUGAGAUUGAAGGUCCCAUGAUCACCACCGUUCCUGUUCGCGUGUGUGUUGAUCGCGAGCAGACUGUCGCCGAGUACUUGCAGCAGGUAGCUGAACAAAUGAUCACGCAGAUCCCUUACGAACACGCAGGUCUGCAGCACAUCCGUCGCUUGUCCGACGACGCGCUGCAAGCGUGCGAGUUGAGGACGGGUAUUGUGCUGCAUCCUGCUGCGGGCGAGGUGGGCGUUACCGAGAACACGCCGGCGAAUGGACUGGUUCCGGCGGGUGAUAGCGAGGCGGCGCAGGAGGCGUUGAAGUUCAAUACGUAUGCGUUGAUGCUGGUUUGCUCGUUGGAGGCGGAUGGGUUCCUGGUCAUGGCGUCUUUUGAUUCCAAGACGGUGGAGAUGGGUGUGGUCAAGAAGGCGUUGGAUCAGUUGCAGGUGGUGGUGAGGCAGUUGUGUGAAGAGGGCAGUGGGGAGAAGAAGGUGGGACAGUUGGAGUGUUUGACGGAGAAGGAUCAGGAGGAGGUGAAGAAGUUGGUGGGUGCUACGAACCUCACUGCUGAGUCUGAUCCUUUUGUUGGGGGUAUCACUGCGGAGGAUGUGGAAGGGGUGUGGAUUGUUGAUGCUGCUGAUGCUGGCAGGCUGGUGCCCGUUGGUGCGGCGGGCGAGUUGGUUGUUGAGACCAUCAAGGAACUUGCUGCGCCUGUUACUCUUCUCGCUGAGAAACCGGCCUGGUACGAGGGAAGCAAGAAGCUAUACAAGACUGGUCAGCUCGCCAAGUUCAAGGUCGACGGCGAGUCUGCCUCCCUCUGCAUCCUUAAGGCUACCGAGCCCAAGACCGAGGUGGCCAAGAAGAAGGUUGCUUCCUCCGUCGCUCCCUCCGCUGUUGCUGCCACUUCGGCCAAGCAAAAGACACUGCGCAAGAUUUGGGCCAAGCUGCUCAAGGUCAAGGAGGAUAGCAUCUACCUCGGCGAUAGCUUCUUCAACCGCGGUGGCGACUCCAUUACUGCCAUGAAGCUGGUGUCGGAGGCACGCCAGCAGGGUCUCAAGAUUAGCGUUGCGCAGGUUUUUGCCAACCGCACGCUGUUCGACAUGGCCAAUGUCAUGCAAACCACCGGUGCCGUGGUUGACGCCUCGGAGAAGGUUGAGACCGAGUACAAGCCUUUCUCUCUGCUCGAGGACAACAACAAGGCCAGCGUCAUGGAGGUCGUCAAGAACAGUUUGGUCGACAAGUCGUGGACCAUCGCCGACAUCCUCCCCACCCGUCCCCUCCAGGAGAUCGCCGUCCGCGGCACCGUCGAGCUCCCCCGUUUCUCUCUCCGCUACGAGCUGAUGCACUUCAACGGCAUGGUUGACAAGGCCGCCCUCUUCCGCGCGUGCCACGAAGUCGUCGCACGCAACGAAAUCCUACGCACCGUCUUCGUCCGCGACGCUUCCAACACCUGCUACGGCGCCGUCAUCGACAACCUCAUCACCUCCAUCGCCGAGUACGAAAUCGACGCCGACGCCGACGUCAAGGACUUCGCCUCCCAAGUGUGCCGCCUCGAUUCGCAAACCCGCAUGCCAUACGGUUCCUCCUUUGUGAAAUGGUUCUUCAUCACCAACGGCACUUCCCAAUGCUCGCUCGCCUUCCGGCUAUCGCACGCCCAAUACGACGAGAUCUGCCUCCCCAUCAUGCUCCACCAGUUCCACCAACUCUACUUGUCUUCCCCAGAGUCUUCCAUCCCUCCUUCCUACCCCUUCUCCCACUUCGUCGCACACACCCUCCGCGACUCCAUCCCCGCCGCCAUUCCCUACUGGCGCAACCUCCUCUCCGGCUCAAGCGGAAUCACCCGCUUCCGCCCCUCCACCCCUAUUACAUCCCGUAAGCACUUCGCCAUCCACCGCGCCGUCAACAUCUCCUCCCGCUCGCGCGACGUCACCAUCGCGACCCUUCCCUCCGCCGCCUGGGCUUUGGCUCUCGCUCGCCACGUGGGUGGUCCAGACGUCCUCUUCGGCGAAGUCUCCUCCGGUCGUUCCGUCGACGUCCCUGGCAUCAAGGACACCAAUGCCGUCACUGGCCCGACAUGGCAAUACGUACCUGCCCGAAUCCAAUUCAACAACGCGUCCAAACCUCUUCGUACAGGCCACGAUUUGCUGGUGGAGAUGCAGACGCAGCAUAUGGCUUCUUCAGCGUAUGAUUGUAUGGGGCUGGAAGAGAUUGUCAAGACUUGUACGGAUUGGAAACUGGAAAAAGAUAUGUGGUUUGAUACUGUGGUGCAUCAGGAUGUGGCGCAUGUGGAGAAAUUGGAGUUUUCCUCUGUUUCUGGGGAUGGGGGAGAGGAAAAGAAGACUGGAGCAAAGGCGGAGUUUGAAACGAUGUAUUGCUUUGAGGAACCGUUGAGGGAGUGGAAGGUGCAGGCUUUUAGGGAUGAGAAGGGCGAGGAGAUGGUGUUGGAGAUUGUCACGAUGGAGUGCUGGAAGGAGGAGGCGGAGGUGGUGUUGGGAGAGGUUUGUGAGGCGUUGAAGCAGUUGGUGGAGAGGCCUUGGGAGGAGUUGGAUGUUGCGAGGUUGGAGGAGUAGGCUUGAGUUUGCUAAGCGGUGA